CUGGCGCUCGCUCGUCUUCCUCUCGAGGCAGCCAUGGCGGCUGAGGGUCCUGUGCAGGAGCUCUGCGAGGAAGCCUCUUGCUCCAUCUGCCUGGACUUCUUCAGGGACCCGGUGACCAUCGCCCAGUGCGGCCACAACUUCUGCCGAGCCUGCCUGACCCGCAGCUGGGGGGAGUCCGGGGCUGAGGCUUCCUGCCCCCAGUGCAGAGGACCCGCUCGGGAGGGGGACCUCCGCCCCAAUUAUCAGCUGGCCAGCAUUGUGGAAAUAGCCAAGAAAUUCACCCUGCGGGAGGGGAAAGAUGCUGCAGGGGCGAAUGGGCAACUCUGCCAGAAGCACCAGGAGCUCCCCAGGUUGUUCUGCAAGGGCGGCGAAGACCCCCUCUGCGCGGGCUGCGGCAUAGCCCAGGAGCAAAGAGGUACUACGGUAAUUCCUCUCGAGGAGGCUGCCCGAGACAGCAGGGCAAUGGUGGCAGCUGAGAAAGGGAGAGUUUGCCAGAAGCACCAGGAGCCCCUGAAGCUCUUCUGCAAGGACGAUGAAGCCCUCAUCUGUGUGGUCUGUGACCGAUCCAAGGAGCACAGAGAACAUGAAACCCUUCCUCUUGAGGAGGCCUCCCAAGAGUACAAGGAUCGGUUCUGCAGCUGUCUGGAGAUUCUGAAGAAGGAGAGAGAAAGAAUUGUGUCAUAUAAAGGAGAUGUAGAGAAGGAAAGCCAAGACCUGCUCAAGCAAACCAAAGGAGAGAAGCAAGAGACGGUAGCCAAGUUCAGGCAACUGCACAUGUUUCUGGAGGAACAAGAGAAACUUUUGCUGGCUCAGAUGGAAGAGGUGGAGAUGGAGGUGGCAAAGAAAAGGGACCAGCGCCUGGCUGAACUCUCUGAGGCCCUCUCCUCUCUGGAAAGCCUCAUCCAGGAGAUGGAGGAGAAGUGUCAGCAGUCGGCUAGUGAACUCCUGCAGGAUGCCCGAAGCACCUUGCAGAGGUAUGAAGAAAAAAAGGCAUUUGAAAAACCAGUGACUUUUUCUCCUGCAUUGAAGUGGAGGAUCUGGGAUGUCUGCGAUGUCCAUCACUUGCUGGAAGGUGUCGUGAAGCAACUGAAAGACACUCUGGAUUCUGGACUUCACCCCCAGAAAGCAAAAGUGACUCUGGAUUCAGACACAGCCCAUCUCAUACUCGUCCUGUCUGAGGAUCAGAAAAGCAUGAGAGAAGGGGAUAAAGCUCAACGCCUUCCUGAUAAUCCUAAGAGAUUUGACCGGUGUGGUAUUGUGCUGGGUUGUGAGGAAUUCACAGGAGGCUGCCAUUUCUGGGAAGUCCUUGUGGGAAAUGAGGAACAAUGGGCUGUGGGGGUGGCCAGGAGGUCUGUGAGGAGGAAGGGAAGCAUCACCUUUAGUCCCGAGGAAGGGUUCUGGGUGGUGAGGAAGUGGUCAGGGGGGUUCAAGGCUUCCGUAGAAGAGGGUAUCCUUCCCUUGACUGUGACUGAUGGGGUGAAGAGGAUCCGAGUGUGCCUGAACUACACUGGGGGUCGAGUGGCCUUUUUUGAUGCUGACAAAGCAAGCCUUCUCUACGAGUUUUCUGGAGCCUUCUCUGGAGAGACCCUCCUGCCCUUUUUUGGGGUGCAUUUGAAAGGCCGCCUCCAACUCUCUUAAGACAGUCAUUUUGCACUGGGGGCCAUUACUAAGACAAU